AUGGAGCCAUUAUCUUUGGCAGUCGGCUUUGCUGGUUUAGCAGGGCUUUUUUCGACCUGCGUUGACUGUUUUAAACUAGUCCAAGUUUAUGAUUCACGCGCUUCAGAUUAUGAGGUAUUGCAGACAAUGCUUGACAACCAACAAUUCCACUUUAUGGCCUGGGGCAAGGCGUGUGGUUUCAUGCAUCCAUAUCGUACAAACUCCAAGUUCGACGAUCCAACCUCUUCUCUUCGUAACGAGCGAAUAGAGCAGACAAUGGAAAAGAUCAAGUCUCUACUUACGAACGGUGACCACUUGAAAGAGAUUUACGGGCUCAAAGUCCAACGACCACCGCUAGGGUCGAAAUUUACCGAGGCCGCAUCGUCUAGUGCUUUCUCCCGAGCUUUCCAGAAUACGAAAGCUUUCUGCAAUACAAGCCUGCAGCGAAGGGUCCAUAUCAUUGGCUCUAUUCGAUGGGCUGUGAGCGAUCGGGAUAAAUUCGACCGGCUCGUGCAGAACAUAAAGGAUCUACUUGGAGACCUGACAAAGUUCACUGAAGAUAUCGGGGUCACCGAGUCUCAACACCUAAUCGUUGAGUACGAAAUAGAAAUGAUUGACGACGAGUCCAGCCUGGCAGUAAUUGCAGCAGCCAGUGCCUGUGAUGGUGAUGAUGACGUCCUCUCCCAGGUUGCUAGUCGCAGGCUCCAGAUGGUAAAGGAACAGUCCGUUGCCAAUCAAUCAGUGAGAUUCGAUGAUAGCGUUUCAAUGGCUUCCGCUCAGUAUUACACUCCUUCUAUGAGCACACUUAUCGAAGAUGAGGAUCAUACCGUUAUACAGGAAAUCGGUGUUACCCGGGUGCCAAUAUCGGAAUGGCGUAAAAUGAAAACCCGCACCGGGAUAAUCCCGUGGCUGAAAAUACUUGUCGUUGCAACGAGCUCAUCAGCUGAUGGGGUAGAGAUGCGAGACUAUAUCCAACCGCUGUCGAGAACAAACACUCUUAGCGGGAGCGUGGAACCCGUUGCGCGUGAGGGGCUGCUCCGAAUAGCAAUCAACUCGCAUACCCUUCUAGUGUCCUGA